AUGCUAGCCAAAGAUAAAGAUUUGCAGCCUACACCUUGCCCUUGCGGUAUUUGUACUCAAGUAGGGCACCCAACUGACAUGUGCCCUCAACUUCAAGAUGAGAAAUAUAAAGAAGAAAAAGCCAUGCGAGGCUAUUCCGGAUCAAAUCAAAGAGGAUAUGAUCAGCCACGGGGCGACCAAAGAUGGAACAACAAUCAAGGUUGGGGAGGAAAUCAACAGGGAAUUCAUCAACCAAGUCAACCAAAUCAAUACCAACAAAGACCACCUUUUCCACCACAAAACUUUCAGCCAAGGCAGCCACAACACCCUCCUCAACAAGCGGGUUCAUCAAGCAUGUCCUUAGAGGACAUUGUGAAGAAUUUGGCCACUACAACCCAAACUUUCCAACAAGAGACAAAAGCAAGUAUAAAGAACUUAGAGCAACAAGUUACACAGCUUGCUAUUUCUAUAAGCAAACUAGAAUCUCAAGGAAAGUUGUCCGCCCAAACAGAAACGAACCCAAGGCACAACGUGUGUGCCAUCACUUUGAGAGGCGGAAAGAGCUACGAUGUUCCAAAAAUGUCGGUUGAUCAAGAAGAAGAAGAAAUAGUGGUCGAAGAGGCAACCAAAGAAGAGAAGAAGGAAGAUAAAACAACCGAAAAGAAGCCCUUCAUGACUGAGUCUAAAGCCACACCUGCUUCAUUCCCCGAACUAUUAAAGAGCAUGAAGAAAGAACGGGAAGAGAGUGAGAUUAUGCAAAUGUUCCAGAAAGUUCACAUUAACAUCUCACUCCUCGAGGCCAUCAAGCAGGUACCUAGAUAUGCAAGGUUCCUUAAGGAUCUUUGUGUAUCUAAAAAGAAAUUGAAAGGAAGCCAAAUUGUAAAAGUUGGGGAAAAUGUAUCCGUGGUUUUGCAAAAGAGGAGGCCCCCAAAGUGCAAUGAUCCCGAUGUCUUUACCGUGCCAUGCAAAUUGGGGAAUCUUUAUGUACCUCGAGCCAUGCUCGAUCUAGGGGCAUCCAUAAAUGUCCUACCAUAUUCUAUCUUUAAAUCAAUUGGUGUAGGAAUAUUGAGCAAAACCGGUGUGAUCAUCCAACUUGCCGACCGGUCUUUGGUACAUCCAAAAGGUGUAUUGGAGGACAUGUUAGUGCAAGUUGAUGAAUUUGUUUUCCUGGCUAAUUUUUAUGUCUUAGAUAUGGGAGAUGAUGACUCUCCAAGUUCAAGUUCCAUACUUUUGGGUAGACCUUUCCUUAAAACUUCUAAAACAAAAAUUGAUGUCUACAAUGAAACUUUAAGUAUGGAAUUUGAUGGUGAAGUUAUCAACUUCAAUGUUCAUGAAGCAAAAAAGGUUCCUUCCAAUGUUCAGUCUGUCAAUCUUGUGAAUUUGAUCCAGCCCUCAACUAAAAAGGGCUUAAAUUUGUCUAACAAUGAAUUUCUAGAGUUAGUUUUGUCACAAAAAGUAGACAGGGAUAAAGCUAAGGAGAUUGCAAAGGAGUUCGAUACGAAUAAUGAGGUGCUGGAGAUUUUGGAGUUUAUUGAUGACAAGAAGCAUAUGAGGACUUAUGAUAUGAAACCAAGGCCACCUACCACCAAAGCCAAAUUCCUUCCAUCAGUGGAACAAGCAUAA